UGGAAAACACAAAGGCUCUUGGUCAGAAAUACAAGUAAGAAGCUGAGGAAGGAGUUGUGGCCUCACCACUGCCCAGUACAGCGAGACAAUCCCUGCCCUGGUCCUGCUGGCCACACUAUUGCUGAUGUAAGCCAGGAUGCUUUUGGCCACCUGAGCACACACUGGCUCACGUUCAUCAAUGGUCUGUGCAGUGAGGCAUUCAGGACACUCAAUCUUCUCUCCGCCGGCCGCUGCUGAGGUAUUUGCAAGGCCAAAGAUUUUCAGAUGAGACUCCUCUCCAGCAAUCUGAAACGAGUUUCAGACCCUUAAGAGGAGUCCCUGAUGUUUCUGGUGUGUCUGAGCAGCACUCAAAGCCUUCAUACCUCCCUGAAGCUGUAUCACCGACAGAUGCAGAACUUCCCAGUGGCAGCUUUCCUUUGUCCCAGCAUCCCCUGUCAUUCAGAGCCCUGGAACCUUGUGAUGCCAGUAGUAGUGGUUGUUUGUCUCAGCAAACCCCACUUUCUGGACAGCUGCUUGUGAGCAAGGAGGCAAAUGGAGGCUGCAGGAAUGGAGCUGAUGAGGAGGCAUCGAUUCUCCAAACAAAAGAUAGCUUAGCAAACUCCACCUCAGAGGUGAUGCUAAGCAAGGCCAAUGGACUGAGCCAAGUGGAAGCUCCUCUGGCAAAGCAGAGCUGUAGCGCAUCUGUGAAAGGUGAACACUUCUCCUGCAACAGCAAUGUGCCAGCUGCUGGUUUGGAGCUUUCAGAGAAAGAAAAAGGUUCUGUGAGGCAUGAGGAGUUAUCUUCAGAAAACUCCUCUUGUAAAACAGCACUGACUAAGAACUCAGAAAAGAGUGAGAGGGAGAUGCCAAAGGGAAAGGUAAAACUGGCUGAAAGUGAGUCCGAAAGGUGUGUGAGGCAGCCGGAGGAGCUGCAAAAAGAGGUGAAGGUUCCUGAGCUUGAUUUGUCCAAUAAUUUAUCUGAUGAGUUGAAGAAAGACAGUUGUGAAAAUCCAGAUGCUCAAGAUGUUUUUUCUGCAGAGACUUCUGGAAUGGGCAAAGGAAUGUGGAGGGAACAUGGAGUGGAUUUAAAUGGCUCUGAAAGCUUGAAGUUCAUGGCUGCUACCGAAGAACUCAAGGGGGCUUUCCUCAGCCACCACAAAGCACCAUCCUCUACAGGGAGAUUUGAGAAGGAGGAGUUUAUCCCUGCUGUGACAACCACCAGUGACUGUGCACCUAAACAGCUAGUUGUGAGUGAUAUGGAAGCUCCUUCAUGCAGGGAGAAUGCCCCUGUGGAAGCAGAACCUGAAGCCAGCAGGAGCGAAUUAACUAUUUCAGGUGUUUCCAUCCUAAAGGGCUAUACAGUCACAGGCAUUUCCCCUUCCUUUAACCUUGUUGGUGAUGGCUCCUUCUCAGUACACCUGCCUCAUCCAAGCUAUCAGUCUACUCCAGGGGUACUUCUAAAGAAAAACAUGAAGGUAGGAGAACUUGGUGGUGCUGUGAUCAAGUCAGAUAUCCAGGCCUCUUCCCCAUGCUUAAAUGAAGAAACCUCUGGAAGGUCCUCUGCCAGCACACCUGUAUCUGUUGAGAAGCAACAUGCACUCCAGUGUGCUCAGAAGGAGGAGAGUGAACACUUUAAGUCCUUCAAAUGGAAAUAUCCUCACAGUGGAAGAAUUCAGUCUCUCCCAUCUCUUAGUUCCAUAGAAAAGGUGAGGGCUUGGAACGUGAGCCAGCCAGAGGAGGUACCUGAUGCAGUGACUCCAUGUCAGCCAAAUGGAGUUUCUCCUGGAAGGAAAGCCCACAGUGCAAUUGCCAGUUCUUCAAACUAUAUGAUGCCAGCACAGAAAAGCAGCAGAGACCCCAGAGAUGAUACUGGGGCUUCCUCUAGAGAGACAGGUUCCCUGGGAAGUUUGCAUUGUCACAGCAAAAGCUUGCUGCAUGACCAUCCUCUGACUCGAUCUCAGUCUGACAACGCUGUCAAUGUUUGCAGCUGGAACAUGGCCUUGGCUGGAGUUGUUCCACCACCAAACUCAACAGAGGCAGUGCAGCCUCUGAAUGAAAAAAGCGAUGUUUUAGGAGAAAAAAGUGAUGCUUUAAGAGUGCCUGAAAACACUUCAGGAGGCUCCCUGGUACAGAAGUCCACAGCUGAGGUUGAAGAUGCAGAAAGUACAGGACCAAGUUCAGACCCAAAUGUGUUUGUUUCCGGUGAAGGAGUUGCUCAGCUCCCUAGAGAGGAGAGGAACUUGCCAACUGAUGGCCAGAAGAAUUGUGAUGCUCCUGAAAAUCAGUCCCACAACCUAAAUAUUCCUCCUGGCCGUGUCUGCAUGGACUAUUUUGGUGAUAUUUCUCCAGACAGUUUGAAUCUUCUUGUGAGUUCUGGGGAGAGUAGCCAUGGGGCUUCACGUUCUGCAGGGUACUCUGCAGUGUCUUCCAAGCACUUCUUCCCCAGUGCAAAAGAUGAUGACUUCAUCCCUGUUGGAGCAGCUUCUUUGGGAACUCCAGAGAAAGAAGAGCUUAAUAUUGAAGAAAGGAUCCCAAUUUACCUUCGUAACCUUGGCAUUGAUCAGUCGCCUGGAACCAUCCUGACACCGUUUGUCCCCCGAGGACCCAUCAGGGAAGUUGAAUUCUCCCCUUCAGAACUUAGAACACUAAAGGACUCCACUGACACACUGGCCAGGACUGUUCCACAGCCACAAGGCAGAAUGUUGUCAGCACUUGAAAUCACCCAAACAAGCUUUAACUUUGGGACUUCCACUCUCAGUAUGUCUGCACCAACAAAUUCAGAAGCUGGCUCUGAUAUUCUGUCACCUCAUGAACUCUCUCCUCACUUCUCAAGGUCCUUUGGAGACAAACCAGUGAGCCAGUGCAGUGUGUCAAGGCACCAACCAGAGACAACUGCUCUGCUUUCCACACGGUGGGAGGAAGAGUGUUUGGCUGUCUCCAAACCAGCCCAGCUGAGCCAGCAGCUCCAGUCUGUUCCACCCAGCUGCCAUGCAGAUAGACAGGAUCCCAUGCUCCUUGCAAAUAGUGUUCAGGAUCUGCUGGCUGAAAAGGAGUUGAAAGAUGUGAAUAGGAGCCUGCAGAGUUGGACUGAUGGCUCUUUGCCUGGGCUUAAAAGUGAGAGGGAAGUUGACAGAAGAUCACAAAGUUCAAGUCUAGGUAGUAAGAGAAAUAAGAGUCAAGGAAGUCAUUCUGUGAUUGGAUCUGGUGCACUGCAAGAGAUACAUAAGCUGCUGGCAGAAGUGAAGGAUAUAGUUGGCAUGAGGGUUGAGCCUGUCUCUGCCCCUUCUAGAGAAGCUGGUGAGUCUCCCCUGGUGCUGAUUAGCAAGGAGCAUGGCCCCAAAGAUUCCAGGUUAGUGGAAGACAGCAUCCCUCAGGGUGAGAAGAUACUGUCACGGGAUGAGACUACAACCCAAAGAAGUAUGCCAGAAGAGGGGUUGGUGAUAAGGCCUCUGAAUUUUAAAGCAUGCAGUCUAAGGCAGGAAAAUUCUGACUUCAGUCUGCACAACAGUAAAGACACAAUGAGGAAAAUGAGCCAAGACUUGAGGACAGCAAAAUCUGUAGGAAGGUCUGAGCCAGAAGGUUGUAGCAGUGUCACCGCAGACAGAAAUCAGCCUGGCCUUGCGGGUCUUGCACAAAGCAAGGGCAGUAGUGAGGUCAGCACUCUAAGAGCUUCAGAGCUGGGGAAUCCUCCUUCCUUGGAGCCCCAAGGCAGCAUCACUGAGGCUGCAGGAGGCUCCCAGAGCAAGCUGUCCAAAGGCAGCGUGGCUGGAAGCGAGGCAGGAGACACACGAGGGAGUGAUGACAGCAGCAGUGGGGACUCGCUGGCUGCCCGUGUCAAAAGCCUUCUGAGGAAUCCUCCUUCCUCUGAGCUUCCAGCCAGUGCCACCCAUGUCCCAGAAGGCUUCCAGAGUGUCUUGUCUAAAGCUGCUUCAGCCGGGAGCAAGGCAGGAGGCCCACGAGAGAGCGAUGACAGCAGCAGUGGAGAUUCGCUAGCAGCCCGUGUCAAAAACCUGCUGAGAAGUGGCUCACCUGUGGCAUACACAACCCAAAUGCUGAGCAGCACGAAUGAGGAGGAGAGGAAAUCACGAGCAUGGGUGAAGCUCAGACUGGCCAGCUGCUCCGAGGACUCUCUGUCGGACUGGAAUGAAGAGGACCAGCGAAGGAUAGCGGAAAUAAAAGCAGAGCUGCUUCAGAGUGCCCAGAAAUCUGCACUAGCCAAGCAUCCCUGGAUGCGUGGUUUGAAAGCUGCUUCUGAGCUCAGCCAUAACCAGGAGCAGGACACAGAGCAUUUCAAAGCUCCAAGUGACAAAACAUUGCAACCUGACAACCAGCCACAAGGCAUUGGGAGUAAGGAGCUUGCAGAGUCGAGCUUAGGACAAUCUGUGCCAUUACCCAGAGCUGAUCCUGCUGACUGUUGCCUGCUGAAGGACAGGCACUUCAAAUCUGUGAGCACCUUUCAGUCACCUACCUGCCACCAACGGCAGGCAGCUGCCACUAGUCACCCUGAUGCUGUUCAGCUUCCCCCACCGCUGCAGAAGGCAUGGGACACGUGCAGAGUGAGGUCUGCAGCUGCUUCUGCUGCACACACAGCAGCCUGUUCAGCAGCACAGAAGCAGCUGUCCAUGGACACACGCUGUGAGGAUGCAGCUAAGCAAAUCACUUCCAUCACCUUUGCAUCCCGAAAGCGUUUGCAGUCACCGCUGACUCCCGUGGCACUCAGCAGCAGUCUUUCUAGAGAUGGUCUUGAUGGGAUCAAGCCUUUGGAACCCGACUCUGCUAGCACUGAGGAAGAGAGCCAUGGCAAACAACAUGGGGAGAAAGCUAAGAGCUGUCCUACUUCAAGUCCAAUGCUUGCUGGCUCGGUGUCUAAUGAGAAUGUUUUUACUGCGGAGAAAGACAGAUUUCAUCAUGUCUCUGCUGACAGGAACAGAGCUGGAGCUCAUCAAGAAACAGACUGUUUGUCAGUAAGCAUCCAUGCUGAGGAAAGACAGACCCUGAGUGCAAAAAGAUCUGAUGUUCUGCCUCAAGAUGUGACUGCUUUGGGCAGGCACAGUGCCAGACUCGUGGGGCUUGACUGCCACACAAGAUUGAGUCAAGAAAUGAAGAGAUUUGACGAAUCCCAUUCUACAAACUCUUACCAGCAAGAGAAACACAGCCCACCUGGACACAGCAAAUUGUGUGGGAGCUUGGAAGGUUCAGAUGCAGCCCUCCAAAGUGAUUUGCUGAAGAGCCACAUUAAGUUACUGGGAGAAAAGAAGAAAAGUCCUGGUGAAGCUCCUCUCCUUCAGAAGGAGGCCACGAGAGAGCAAAUGGGUUUGUCUCACCAUUCAUCUGCAGAUGACAUCUUACCCACUUCAUCUGUACCUUCAUCACCAACUAAGAGAGCUCUCUCUUGUGUCCACAUCACCCUUUCUUCCAAGUGUAGUAGCCCAGAGCUGCACAGGGCUGUGAAUACUGACAGCGAGAGGAGAUGGAGGGAUGAACCUGAGCUUAAUACCCAACCAGUGACUUCAAAAACUCCAGAAACUGUAAUAGAAACUGUUCCUAAAUUAUCAGCUGCUGGCCUUAUUCCAGAAGAUCAAAGGUGUUCACCUCUCCCAACACCAGUGUCUUCAGCAGAUCCCUGCCUAUUGCUUCCCUCUGUUCCAGUCACAGCAGGGCAAGAGCUGCCUCUGAAAAGCGGUGAGAGACCACAAGUCACUGCUCUGGGCUCAGGGACAGGUAGCCUGAGGAACAUCUCCAACUCUGCAGCCCCUGCAAAAACUGAGAAAAGUACUUCUGAUGCUACCACCCAGAUAACAACAGAAAGCCCUGAGAAGUUCACCUUUUCAUCAGAAAUCUAUGUUCAUUCACAAGACAGUGAAAAGCCUGUCCCCCAGCCAUCUCCCCAAGAGGCACAGGAGCCUCCCAGCAAUGCAGCAUCGACCCUGAACAAGACUGCUUCUCUCCUGAGGCAGAGUGCUCAGCCCAUACUGCUGCCCUACAAGCCUUUGGGAAGCACCAGGAUGUAUUAUGUUCCAUAUCUGAAGGCAAGAUCCAAAAUGCCUGCAGCUGGGUCAGAAGGCAGUGUGGAGAGCUCUCACUCAGAACGCAGAGAUCCUUCGAAGGCUGUGAAAACCACUCAUCCACUCUUCAAAUCUGCACAGUCCUGCCUUCAUCAUCCAACACCCCAGUGUGAGAGCUCCUUCCCAUCAAACAGUGAGCCGUCAGAAAGCAGUUCUGGUGCUGGCCGCCCUAGGCCUUGCUCACGGUGUGUCCCGCAGCGUGGGAAGAAAGGCCGCCGGCAGCAGCGCGCUUGCUCUGCUCGGCAGGAGAAAGGUGGGGAAGAUGAAUUCUUUUCACUCACUGCAGAAGCAGAUUACAGCAAGAUUGAGGAUCUGAGUGGCAGCACGUCUUUGGGGAGUAAAACACCAGGGCAGGAGCUACAUCAACACGGCAGAAGGGAAGCGGGGCAAAAAGCAGCUAGAAAUUACCCUGUGCCGUGUAGCCAAACAACUCGCCUUAAGGAGAGGGUGGAGAGAGAGCCAGCACCGAGACAGAGAGCUCACUCCAGUGGUAGCUUGGAUGAACUCUGGGUCAAGUUUUUGGAAUGCCAGAAGAAACACCAGCACCGUGAUUUUAGGAGGAAUGGUGAGCUGACCCUUGUUGAACGCCUCGAUCGCUUGGCCAGGGUCCUUCAGAAUCCCAUUAAGCACACACUAACGCCAACCACGUCUGACAAGAGGCUUUCUGGAGAGAAAACAAAGGGAAGAGAACAGAAGAAAACAAGACUGCCAGAAAAGGGCAUGGCUGAAGGGACCUCAGAGCCUAGUGCAACACAUGUUGAAGAAAGAGCACAUCUCACCCAUGAGAAAAAUGACUUUGUUGAGCUCAGGAAAAGCAGGGCAGGAAAGGAAAUUAUUCACCACACAAAUAAAAUUCUGGAGCACCUGCAGAUCUUGGAGACUCCCAGUGACACUUCCUCAGAGGCCAGGCUGAGCAGGGAUCAUGGCACCACCAUCAGUUCCACCAUCUCGGAGUCAGAUGUGGUGACCCACACGGAGCUGGAGACGUCUCCUCAGAGCGAGGUGAGCAGCUCCGUUUCCACCAUCGACACUGCCAGGCUGAUCAGGGCCUUUGGGCGUGAAAGAGUGCGGCUGUCCUCCAGCCUCUCCCAGCUCUACUGCACCAUCAGCCUCCAGAAGAGUCGCUCUGAGGAGCGGGAGGAGGGACGUGGCAACACAGUGGGUGGAGAACAUCCAGAGGUUACUUCUGAGAGACACAGGAAGAGGAAAGAGAUGCAGAAUGCAGCCUCCAUGUCAUGGGAUUCCACUUCUGCAAGCAGCAGUUCUUGGGGGCCAAGCUCUGCUCUCAGUAACAAGCGGCGGACACGGAGGAUGCUGAACAAAGGUAUCCAAGCAGGAGACUUGGAGAUUGUGAGCAGUGCCACAAAGAAAAACACUCGAGAUGUUGGUGUGACUUUUCCUACCCCAAGACCCAGCCAGCCAAAUCAACGGCCACAGGAACCCUGGCAUCGUGUGGAAGGCGUUUCGUGGGUCAUCCAAGCAGGAGACUUAAAAGCUGAGUCUAGGAAAGAAAACCAUUCCAAUUCCUUUUCUGGUCCUGGUCCAUCUUGGUUUGAACCAUGGACCAGCAUAAAGCCUUGGAGAGAGCCUCUCAGAGAGAAGAACUGGCAAGAGCAGCAGCACAGCCACAUGACUGAGCCAGCAGCACCAGACAGACAUGCUGGGAGCAGGUCCUCGCGACCACCUGUGAAGCUCACACUGCAGCGCAUCGCCCUGAUUUCAUCUCCCGUUCUGGUGAGCGUGUGA